GUGACACGACGCACGCGACGUAACGACUCUUCGCUGUCUCGCGUCCAGACGCUCGUGAAGCCGCAGUGCCGCUUAACGGCUAACGUUACCGGAGACGCUUGGCGGAAAAAUGCUCCCGCUAUCAAUCAAAGACGAUGAGUACAAACCUGCCAAAUUCAACCUGUUCGCCAAGAUAUCAGGCUGGUUCAGAUCAAUUCUUGCUGAUAAAACCUCUCGCAAUCUGUUUUUCUUCCUGUGUUUGAACCUGUCCUUCGCGUUCGUGGAGCUGCUGUAUGGCAUAUGGAGUAACAGUUUAGGGUUGAUAUCCGAUUCCUUUCACAUGUUCUUUGAUUGCACCGCUCUCCUGGCAGGCCUUGCAGCAUCGGUCAUUUCGCGGUGGAGGUCCAAUGACUUCUUCUCAUACGGGUAUGUCAGAGCAGAAGUGCUCGCAGGAUUCGUGAAUGGCCUUUUCCUCAUCUUUACCGCCUUCUUUAUCUUCUCAGAAGGAGUAGAGAGGGCGCUGGAACCCCCUGAUGUGCACCAUGAGCGUUUGCUCCCGGUGUCUAUAGCAGGGCUGCUGGUGAAUCUUGUAGGAAUAUUCGUUUUUCAACACGGAGGACAUGGACAUUCACAUGGUGGUGAAGGUCAUGGCCACAGUCAUUCUCUAUUUAAUGGCAGUGUGGGACAUGGACACAGUCAUGGAGGCCACGGCCACAGUCACGAGUCCAAACACGGACACGACGAUCACGGGCAUUCACACGGAGGACACGGACAUUCACAUGAUGAUCCUCACUGCCAUGAUGACCAUUCGCACACACUGGGAAAAGGCUCCAGCAAGCAGAUAUUACGAGGAGUUUUUCUCCACAUUGUUGCGGACACGUUGGGCAGUGUUGGUGUCAUUAUAUCAGCCAUCAUAAUGCAAAAAUACGACCUGAUGAUCGCCGACCCAAUCUGCUCCAUGCUCAUCGCGCUUCUCAUAGGAGUGAGUGUGGUUCCUCUGCUCAGGGAGUCCAUUGGGAUCUUGAUGCAACGGACGCCUCCUUCUCUGGACCAUACCCUUCCUGAAUGCUACCAGAGGGUCCAGCAGCUUCACGGUGUCUAUAACCUCCAAGAACCUCACUUCUGGACCCUUUGCACAGACGUCUACAUUGGUACACUCAAACUCCUCGUGGCGCCUGAUGCAGAUUCUAGAUGGAUUCUCAGCCAAACGCACAACAUUUUCACACAGGUUGGCGUCAGGCAACUGUAUGUUCAGAUUGAUGUGGCAGCCAUGUAGAAGUCCACCACACUUCUCCUGAUCUUUGGGAGUCCCGGGACCAAAGGCCUUCUGUGCUGCUGUGGGGAAAUUCUCCACCUCAACCCAUCUCUUUUUGGGUUUCUGUUGCUCCACUUCCAUCUUGGAUCAAGAUGGAGCUGGUGCAGUCCAGCAGUCUGACUCCACUCUUGCCAGAAAACAACUGACCAGCUACAACAAUGUGAUGUUUUUGAGGGAAA